AUGAUCAUCGACUGCGAGAAAUACCCUCCAACUCUGACAGGCGAACAGCUUUUAUCCAGACAACUCCAGGAUGAAGCCCAGGAACAGCCUUUCGAGACGCCCACGGCAGACAAACCCAGACAGUUGAGCGAUACAGGCGAAUACAUGUCUCCCAAACCAGAGAACUACAUCUUCGUCUCGCGCACGGAGAGCGAAGGUCAUAUCAAUGCCACCUGCCUUCUCGACCCUCGCCUACCCGACACCACAGCACCCAUGAAGGUCAUUGUCACGCCAGACAUGUCCUAUGACAGCGCCACCGUCGACAGAAGCGCCGGCGAGCACCUCGAGCUCGUCACCGCCGCCGCCCCAAUUCACUGUGACCUCACCAUCAUCCCCCACGACCCGCGCUCCCUCGACCUCGGACGGCGCAAGAUCACCAUCCUCCUCCAAACCACAGGCAAGCUCUGCAAACUCCGAGUCAAAGCCCCCGCCCUCGAGCACCGCGCGCCCCUCAGCAUCUUCCUCCACACCUCCAACGCCACCGCCUCGCUCUACAUCCCGCGCUCCUUCAGCGGCAUCCUCAGCGUCAACGCGUCCUGUGCGUGCAUCCGGAUGUCCAAGGCGCUCUCCCGCAGCGCGCAGCCCUUCGGCUUCGCCGCCGGUGCCACGCGCUACUUCGUGGGCGAUCCCUCGGCGUGCAGGCUCGAGGACAUGCAGCGGGGGUGCAAUGGGGACGAGGCGCAUAUUUCGACGCCGAAUGGGGUGGUGUGGAUUCGGUAUGAGGAUGAGCAACCGUCGGUGCUGGCGAGGAUGCUGGCUCUGUCGUGA